ACCCGGGCGGCGCGUGCCAGCUCAGAUAAGGAUGCGAGGGGCAGGCGCUGAGGGACACGGUGAACUCUCUCUCUCUCUCACACACGAUCCGUUACCGUCCCGCUCAGUCAGUCCCUCGCUCGCAUCCAUGAGCCGGAAUCGCGACUUCGGCGGCGGUGUCGUACGGGCCCAGGGGGAGCCCGAGGGCCCGGUUCUGAACGGGACCCUGGAGAGGAGGUCGGCUGGAGGCUCGGGCACGGCGGAGGUGCAGGUGGUACAGAUGUGCCAGCUGGUGCUGCCCUGCCAUGCCAACCAUAUGGGCGAGCUGGACGCCGGGCAGCUGCUGAAGUGGAUGGACACCAUUGCGUGCCUGGCAGCUGAACGGCAUGCUGGCAUUGCCUGUGUCACUGCCUCCAUGGAUGACAUUCAGUUUGAAGAGACAGUGAGAGUUGGUCAAGUUAUCAACAUCAAAGCCAAAGUCAACAGAGCUUUCAACACCAGCAUGGAGGUCGGCAUCCGUGUUUCAGUGCAGGAUGUGCUGACUGGCGUUCUGAAGAAGGUGUGUGUGGCCUUGUCCACGUUUGUGGGGAAGCCUGUGGGAAGUGAGAAGGUGCGCCUGAGCCCUGUGGAGCAUGUGGACUCCGUGGAGGAGCAGCUGGAAUAUUCUCGGGCCUCAGAGAGACGCAGACUCAGCCUCCACAACCAGCAGGCCUUCAACAACCUGAUGCAGGACUUCCACAACCUGAAAGUUAUUUGUAACGGGAGAGAAGGUGCCCUGCUGAAGUCUACGGAGAGCACUUGCGUGGAAAGCAUUGAGCUGGUCCUGCCGCCACACGCCAAUCACCACGGCAACACCUUCGGAGGACAGAUCAUGGCCUGGAUGGAGAAUGCGUCCACCGUUGCUGCCAGCCGCAUGUUUGGGACCUACCCUACCCUCCAGGCUGUGGACAUGUUCAAGUUCCGUGGCCCGUCAACCGUGGGGGACAGGCUGGUGUUCAAGGCUGUGGUCAACAAUGUCUUUCAGACCAGUAUGGAGGUGGGGGUUCGGGUGGAGGCCUACAACUGUGCGGAGUGGAAGCAGGGCAGCGGACGACACAUCAACAGCGCCUUCCUCAUCUACCGCAGCAGAACCCACCAUCACCCCUUCCCCAACGUCACAUUCACCACAGAGGAUGGGGAGAGAAGAUACCUUGCAGCGAUUGUCAGAAAAAGAAUUCGUAUGGCCAGAAAGCACAUCUUAUCUUUCAAAGACGAAGGACCUCUUUCUGUUCCCUGGGACAGAAGUAAUCAAGUAUACUUGGGCUAUACCAAUGUGGUAGCUCUCACAGUCUUGGCUGGAAAACAGGCUUGGGAAGCAAGCAGCCUUCAGAACAAGAUUGGCAUCUUUGUGAAUGAGGAGCAGGAUCGGCUGUCCUUGAAGGUGGAGAUGGAGGUUGAGGCUCCAGCCUUCCAGGUCUUCUCCUUGCUGUCUGACCUUCGCUUGCGACCACUCUGGGACAGGCACUACUCGAGCUGUGAGGUAGUGGAGCAGGCUGACGAGGAGGAGACGGUGUACCACGUUAAGUGUCCAUCCGUUAACAGCAGCCAAGGCCGAGAUUUUGUGAUCCUGUUGUCAAAGAGACAGCCCUGCAAGGACAGUGACCCCUAUGUCAUUGCCCUGCGGUCCGUCUCCGUGGCAACAGUCCCUCUACAGCCGGAUUACAUCCGGAGCGAAGCACAGUGUGCAGGAUUCCUUAUCCACAGAAACAGCCACACUUCCUGUAAGGUGUGCUACUACAACGAGGUGACCUCGGGGGUGCUGCCGUACAUAGCGGGGAACUUAGCGGGCUGGUCCAAGUCCAUGGAGGAGACCGCACUGUCCUGCAUUGCCUUUCUGGAGAAGGACAACAUUACGACAGCCUUGUGAAAGGCGUCCAAAACUGUUUUCUAUGUGUAAAUAAAGCCUUUGAAUGAAA